ACGGCCAUGUUGAGGUGACAGUCAAAAUUUUACUUUUUCUUUGAGCAAUUCUUCAAAAUUUGUUUUUCGUUUUGGUACAAUGUCGUAUCAUCCGCCUCCACCGCAACCACUGGGUGCUCCUCCAGCGGGAAUACAUCUUCCGCCAGGGUUACCACCUCCUGGUAGUUUACCGGGCGGACUUCCCCCCCCACCACCGUUCCCCGGACCUCCUGGCUUUCCGCCACCACCGAUGCCUCCUCCGGGUACAACAGUCCCACCAACAAUACCAACCAAACCUCCUAUUGCUGUACCAGGAGUACCUCCUUUAGGAGUCCCCCCAGGUUUACCACUUCUUCCCACUCCAACAGCUCCGUCAGGACGAACACCAUACAAACAUGAAAAUAAACAGAAUAAUAACCAGAAUCAAAACCAAGCAAAUUCAACCUCGACAACAACAGUGUUUGUAGGUAACAUAACUGAAAGAGCUUCUGAUGCACUUAUUAGACAAAUUUUAACGAAAUGUGGUGUAGUAGUGAACUGGAAACGGGUACAAGGAGCCAAGGGAAAGUUACAGGCAUUUGGAUUCUGUGACUAUGGAGAUCCAGAAUCAGGUCUACGAUCAAUUAGAUUACUUCACAACAAAGUAUUAGGAGACAAGGCAUUAGUUGUGAAAGUGGAUGCAAAAACGAAGACUUAUCUCGAUGAAUACAAAGCUGAGAAGAAAAAAGAAAUGAAAAAGAAUGCCGAGGAAAAGAAAAAAGAGGACGGAGAGGCUGAUGAUGAUGAAGAUGAUGAUAAUGAUGAUCUUGAUGGCGAAACCCUGGUAGAAGAUACAAGAGUCAAGAAAGCCAUUGAACAAAUCAUUUUAGAGCAUUCUGAUAUUUUAAACAGGAAAUUAGAAAGUGAACCUUACAGAGCUACACACAGUGGUUCAGAGCAAAAUUUGGAAGGUUUGGAUAUGGACAAUGAAAAGAAGAGCUUAGUGUCACGAGAGAUUAGAAGCUUCAGAGAUACUUACAGAAGAGAGGACAAGAAAAAGGAAGAAGAGAAAUCGGAGAGGAAAGACAAAGACAGGGACAGAGACAAAGAACGAGAAAGGGAUCGAGAGAAAGACCGAGAUCGAGACAGGGACCGGGACCGAGACAAGGACAGAGAACGAGAACGCGAGAGAGAAAGAGAAAGAGAAAGGAAGCGUGAGCGUGAGGAAAGGGAACGUCGAGAAAAAGACCGUGAACGCGACGAUCGUGACCGUGAUCGUGAUAGAGAUCGUGAUCGUGAGAAGGCGCGUGAAAAAGAGCGGGAGUCUGAACGUGACCGAGAAAAGGAACGUGAAUAUGACGAAGAUGAAGAGCUGGAUAGACGACAGCGAGAGAGAAGACAACGGGAGAAAGAUGCCUCUUACCAGAAGCGGUUGAAAACAUGGGAAAAUAGAGAACGUAAAAGAGCUCGGGAAUAUGAACGAGAAAUGGAAAAAGAAGGCGAGAAGAAAGAUGAACAGGCACGUGAGAGGAAGCAUUUACAGGAAUUUCUUGAAGAUUACGAUGACGACAAGGACGAUCCAAAAUACUACAAGGGAAGUGCGCUACAGAGACGGCGACGCGAAAGAGAAAUGGAGGUAGAAACAGACGAACGAGAUCGCCAGCGAGAAAUGGAGGAAAUAGAAGAGAUUAGAAAACAGAUUGUUGAUAAUCGGCCUGAAGAUAUGGAUGAACAGGACGGUAAGGAGAGUGAGAAGGAGGAGGAAGUCAAACCGGCUUUACAACCGACUUUCAAGCCAGCCGUGAUAUCACAACCUCAGCCGUUUGUACCUCAGGUCGAACCUGCUCCUAUAUCGAAUUGGUCACCAAGCCCCAGAUCAACCGACUCGAUGUCACCAGUCACUAUCGGCAUAAAAAGAGGGCGAGAGAAUGGGCAAGAGCCAGAAUCGGAAGUUGAACCAGCUCCUAAGAAGGCGUUUGGAUUUGAAAUGAAGCUGAGUAGUAACAUGCCCUCGAACCAAGCGAGUCGUAAAAAGCUGGAGUCAGUCUUUGGCGGAGGUGACGAUGACGACGGAACAGGAGUGACUCCUAAGCGGAAACUGGUCAAACUGGACGAGGACGAUAUGGCUAAGGAUGACAGUAACGAGGCUGAAGAUAAGAAACGGAUUAUUAAGUCGCUUAUAGAACGUAUUCCUACUGCUAAAGAUGAACUGUUUGCUUAUAGCUUGGACUGGACUAUGAUCGACCAGGGUCUUGUAGAUCGCAGGAUACGUCCUUGGGUUAAUAAGAAAAUUAUCGAGUACAUUGGCGAAGAGGAGCUGACCUUAACAGAUUUCAUUUGUAGCAAGGUCAUAGCUAGAAGUUCGCCAAAACACAUCCUUGAGGACGUCUCUAUGGUCCUGGAUGAAGAAGCAGAGGUUUUUGUGGUCAAGAUGUGGCGCCUUCUCAUCUACGAAACAGAGGCUAAGAAGCUGGGGUUGGUCAAAUGAUCCUGUUGUUAUAGUAUUUGUUAUCAAAUCUUACUUCUACUUUUCACCUUUGUAUUCUUAAAUUAAUGAAAAAAGAACUGUUGAGUGAUGUAAAUAUGUUGCAAUACGUCCAUGAUUGUGGAGUCCACUCCUUUUACCUUCUCUCUUUUUUUUUUCUCCUUUUGGGUAGACUCCAGGCUCUCUAAAGAUUAGGCUUGAAUUUCCCAGACAGCUCAUUUCCACAAGGCAAACACAUUUGAAAACUCUUAACCCUAUCACUCUCUGAAGUGAUCAUUGCUAGAUUCUCCUGACUUUCAGAUGGACUUAAUCUACACGGUAAAACGAAGUAUUCGUGGAUAGCCAACAGAAAAAUCGGUAGAUUAAUAGGAGAAUUAGCAUUGAGAUGAAGGGUUACCUACGUUAGUUAUCUUACUGUUUCCUCGGCUCGAGUUUGUGUACUUCUGCAAGCAUACAAUAAAAUUGGGAGAUACUAAGUGCCCGUCCAACCUUGUUCCAAGCUCUUAGCCUCACAAUCGUUGUGAGGAGUCUGGAAACAAGGUUGCAUAGGCUGCCUAACCAUAAGUAAAUAGAGACAUUAUCAAGCAAACGACAAAUGAGAAAGAUGGAAUACAUUCAGCCUAAAGUAGGAAAAGAUUACUGGUAAUAUUCCAUAGGAGGCUACGUGUAAAUGAAGAAGUAAUCAAAUGAAAGUCGAGUGUAAACAGAAAGAUUAUUGCAAGACUAGAAAUUCUAAACCAUCUCACUUUCGUCUGAUUUGAAUGUCAAAUGCAAGUGUGUUUUCUCAGUUGUUUAAAUAAACGAGCUGCCUAAAGUAUUUCAGUGUAUAGUUUUUUGCAUCUUAUCCGUCAGUUUGUUCUUCGAUGUUAAAUUAAUCGUGAGCCCGUGUUUGGUUACCGUAGAAACACGGAUGCAGCAUCUCUUUUUAUCUUGUAAAAUGAAAAACCAGGGUUGUAAAAAGAAUCUUUUUUUAAGAGAAAAGCACAUUGAUUUGCUUGCAAAUUCCCAUUUUACCAGAAUAUCUAAGUUCGGAACUGGAGCUGAACUAUUUAUUAAUUUUUUUACCUUCAAUUUUGGCGUGAAAACUUUCCCAAGAUAUUCUUAAAUUUAUGUCGUAUUGUCUUACCCAGCAUCAAUACGUUGCCUUUUUUGGAUAAAUUUAAAGUAAUUACUUUAAGUACAAACCAAGUAUGACCAAAAAUUGAGAUGUUCUUCAAUGUAUCAUGCAAUAGCAAAAAAAAGUUGCAAAUGCGGACACAGAAAAAAAUCUAACCCCAAGGAUUGGGUUGAUUGUCUCCUUAAAAGUAAAAUUCACAAUUAUUUAAUCUUGAAUUCUACCUCUCCAUCGGAGAAAUGAAUGGGUUAAAUAAAAACGCUCUUAACUGA